UCUACUCGCAAAGCAAGACGAGAGAGCAUGAUUCAUAUUUUUAGCUCCGCUCGUGCUUCAGUCGCCAAAACAGAAUUUCACCAUCAGGAUGCGAAUUCUGUUCGUCUGCAUUGGAAACUCAUGCCGUUCGCCCAUGGCUGAAGCCGUAAUGCGAGACAUGUUGCUGCGGGAGAAUCUGGACUGGACGGUAGACAGUGCGGCGUUGGCCGAUUGGAACGUGGGUCGUUCCCCGGAGGAACGCUGUUUGGCCGUGCUGCGGGAAAAUGGACUGGAUUUGGAGCACAUUGGGAGGCAAAUCGAGGCAGAUGACUUCCAUCGAUUCGAUUACAUUUUCGGAAUGGACGAAGGCAACGUGAGAGACUUGAUGGCACUGGCUCCGGAAAAUUGUCCGGCUAGUGUGGAGCUGUUGGGUAACUACCGGAUGAAGGAGUUGGAUAAAAUCAUUUUCGACCCGUAUUUUGAACGUGGAAUUCAUGGAUUCAGACGGUGCUAUGACCAAAUUGUGAUAUGCUGUAGGAACUUCAUUCAGCAGAAACGGCAACCCCAGUGAUUGUGAUAUUGUUAGUGUGAUUUGUGGUUUCACAGAAGAAGUAAAGUAUUAGAAUAAUUUUCCAGCGAUUAGAUCGUCCAAGAAUUGGUCCCACUUUGGCUGGAGAACUUCCGAGUAUUCCGUGCGUUCCUCCGGUGUCAAUGAGCUAUAUCUAAAACAAUAAAUUCAAAUUUCAACUCAA